AUGGAAGCCGUCACUCUGGUUCUCAUCGCGUCCCUGGUAGCGCAUCUGUACUUCUGGCCAUAUCAAGCCGACGACUGGAAUCGCGCAGAGAUCGGGCUCCUGAUCGUGAGCCUGACCAUCACAGGCAUGACCACCUGCCUCAUCGCCAACGACCUACAUUGGGCGAAGUCCACUUUGACGCAGCGCGUCCUGGUGUUCCUGAUUUGCUCUAUUGCUGGAGGAAUUUGCAUCGUCAUGCUGGUCACCUUCUCCCUGGCCUACCUGGCGGAGCGGCGCCAAAGGGCCGAGGCCAAGAAGGCGGAGGACACGUCAGCCGCCAGGCCUUUGUCACCGAGAAGGGAGUCCGCCGCUGAGCCCCGCGCUGAUGAAACAAGCACUGUAGAUGAUUAG